AUGGCCGCUACGAGCGCAACCCCGCCAGCGCCGCGGGCGCCCGCAUGGCCUUGCCGACGCCCCGCCGCGCUGAAGUCCCCGGACGCCCAGUUCCUGUCGGCGCGGGCCAGCGACGCUGGCUGCAAGCUGGCCUCGUCCCUGAUGUACUCGCCCCCAGCGCUGAUGGUCAACAGCAUGUGGAGCUUGGAGGGGGAGCCAGCGGUGCCGCCGACGCCUUCCGUCCUGUGGCCGGCCACGCCCAGCCCAAUGGCCGCCGCCAUGCGGGCGUUCCGCGUGCCCAUGGCGUCAGACGUCCCGCCCGCGCCCUCGCAGGCGGUGAUCGAGUCGCUGGCGGCCCUGCAGGACGGGGCCGCGUUCUUCGUGCCCUUUGUGGAGGCGACGCAGCAGCUCGCCGCGGCCCCCGCCAGGGGCUGCGCGCCGGCUCUGCCCGAGCAGUCCUUCUCCACUGCCCAGGGCCAGGCUGGGCUUCAGAUGCCGGGGCCCUCCUGGCAGUUCGCCCAGCCCCCGCCGCCGCCCGUGGAGCCCGCGCCAGGGCACCUGCCGCCCGCGGCGGAGUGCGCCCAAGCCCCGGGCGGCGCGUGGCUGGCUCGCGCUGCGGAGCCGCCGGCGCCGGCGCCCAGGUGGAGCCCGGAGGCCUCCCCAUUGCCGCCGCAGGCGGGCGCUGGCCAGCUGGGCCGCGAGGCGGGCGGCGGGGCGCGGCCCGCCCCCGCGCCGUCCGCGGGCGCGGCGCUGCACGGCACGCGGGAGUGCAGGCCCUGCGCGUGGUACUACAAGCCCAGCGGGUGCGACAUGGGCAAGGACUGCGCCUUCUGCCACCUCUGCCCCGAGGGGGAGGUGAAGCUCCGGAAGAAGGCCAAGUUGUUGGCGAUCCGUCGGACAUUCCAAAAGGGUGGAGAUCGUUAG